GAAAGAUUUUUAUGGUCGAUUGUUUUCAUUAUCUUAUCGCAUUAUCAAUGUUUUAAAAUUAUCUUAUUGUUUUUCUUAAUGAGCGUCAUUUCAAUCUAAGCUUCUAUCCACGGAUGUUGUUGACAUACUUUACUAGAAAGAGAAGUUUUAAUUGAAUUUAUUCUCGCGGGUGGUACUCAAGAGUUAACAGUAAAAUAAUUACAUUUACUGUAUCUUUAAAUGAACGGAUGGGAAGAUUGUUAGCUAGACCUUUUCUAUUAUUCUUGCCGGGUACGCCAAGUUUUCGCAAGAUGAGCAUCGACAUUGGAGGAAUGAGAAUCAAAUACAAGGACAAGGAUGAGACGUUUCUGGAAAAACACCUGGUCUCAAAGGAGCCUUUUGGUCAAUUUAAGGCUUGGUUUGAAGAGGCCUGCACUAAAAAGGAAAUCCUUGAGCCAAACGCUAUGUGCUUAGCCACUGUGUCACCGCAAGGUUUUCCUUCGGCUAGAUUUGUUUUACUGAAAGGCUAUGGAAAGGAGGGCUUCAAGUUUUUCACCAACUAUGAAAGUAGAAAAGCUAGAGAAUUGGAUCUCAAUCCAAAUGUAGCGGCAACCUUUUACUGGGAAGUCCUAAACAGAUCCAUAAGGAUCGAAGGUCAAGUAGAAAAGCUGUCGGAAGAGGAAUCAACAACAUACUUCCAUUCCCGGCCGGUCCCAAGCCAGAUUGCAGCCUGCGCUAGUCAUCAGAGCACUCCGAUAGAGUCGAGGGAUGUGCUGUGCGAGCGAGAGAGUGUAUUGGAGGCUCAGUACCUGAUACCUGAAAAGGAAGUUCCUAAGCCAAGCUAUUGGGGUGGCUACAUCAUUCGUCCGCGAGCUGUAGAGUUCUGGCAGGGCCAAAGGGACCGUCUCCAUGACAGGAUCAAGUUCCGGAAGCCAAAUGUAGGCGAACAGCCAGACGGGAAGCUACUCCAUGAGGGGGAGGAUGGAUGGGUUUAUGAGAGACUCUCACCAUAAGUUUCUACUGAAAAUGUGAAAUUAUGCAUUUUUUUGUUUCUUUCAUUAUGUAAUUCGUGAGCAAAUUAUAUCAGCUUAGUGAAGUAAUUAUAAGCUAGUACA